AUGGCUCCGAAUCCUUCAUCGGCGCGCCAGCCGCUCAAGUUGCUCAUGCUGCAUGGCUACACGCAGUCCGGUACCCUUUUCCACGCAAAAAGCCGCGCCCUGGUCAAACACAUCCAGAAAGCAUUCCCUCUACACGAAGUCGACGCCGUUUACCCGACUGGGCCUUUGCGUCUGAGAGCGAGUGAUAUCCCGGGCUAUGAACCGUCCGAUAAUGCGGAGGAAGAGGAGACCGAGGCUUACGGCUGGUGGCGCCGAUCAAACACAGCAGACCCGCCAUUGUACCAGGGUAUGGAUGACGGACUUGCAGCCGUGGCCAAGGUUAUUGCCGAACAAGGUCCCUUCGACGGUGUGAUUGGGUUCUCGCAGGGUGCGACCAUGGCUGCGAUGGUAGCGGCGUUGCUAGAGCCGGGUCGGAAAGAAGCAUUCGAGCAUUUUGAAAAAGACACAUCUGACGGAGCGCCAGGUAUUUCUUGGCCGAUGGCUUUUGAACAAUUGCAGAAUUCGCCGCUCAAGUUUGCGCUGUUGUAUAGUGGGUUCCGGGCGCCUGGGGCGAGGUAUCGGGCUUACUACGAGCACCCGCCUAUUCAAACCCCGGCGUUGCAUAUUCUUGGGACUUUGGAUUCGGUUGUGGAUGAGUCGAGGAGUAGGGCGUUGAUGGAUUCAUGUGCUGGGGAGCCGGAGAAAGAUGGGUCCGUGGUUUUCCAUCCUGGUGGUCACUUUGUGCCCAGUCAACGGCCUUACCUUGAUGCUGCGGUUCAAUUUAUUCGGAAACAGUUGGAGAAGGAUAACAUAGGCAAUGGUGGAAAGUCGAAGGACGAGGAAGAUGUGAAUGAUAUGGAUGUGCCAUUCUGA